AUGAAUCAAAGCCUGAUGGGUCGUACAAAUACUUCAGAAGAUGUUGAUUCUAUGUGGAAUAAAUUUUGUGCCGAUUUAGAGCCUAUAAAGAAAUUACUAGGGGAUCAAAAAGAAUGCCAUGAAACCGUUGAGGAUGAGAAAAUGGAUUUGGAAGCGAAACUGGAGGCUUGCCGACGUGGUUUGCAAGCAACGAAGGACCAAAAGGCUCAAUUAGAUCCUGCUAUACAAUCUUUGGAGGUAAUUAUUCAUGUUUUGGAAAAAGCGAAUGAAAAGUCUGCAGCGUCCGUCAUGAAUAGCCCAUUAACAAGAAGUCGGCGAAACCGGAGUGCUUCGCAGAUUUUUAUUCCUCCUUCGCUGGCUCCUGGUAUGUCUGUUGCUUUUCGCUUACCACGAACACAAGACAAUGAAGGAGGUGAAUGGAUUCAGUGUAUUAUUAUAAAGGUGACAGGAGACCUCAAGAAUAAGUAA